AUGGGUAUAUCUGAAAUUUCAAAUAAAGAAAAUAAUAUAAAUCCACAAGAAACUUUAACUGGUUAUCGCCGUUUUUUACCAUCAGAUAAAACAAUAAAAGGAAUUGUUAUUGGUGGAUUAACUGGUGCUAUUGAAAUUUGUAUAACAUAUCCUACUGAAUAUGUUAAAACACAACUUCAAUUAGAUGAAAGAUCAGUUUUACCUAAAUAUAAGGGACCAGUAGAUUGUGUUAAACAAACAGUUAACAAUCAUGGUUUCUUUGGAUUAUAUAGAGGUCUAUCAGUUCUUCUUUAUGGAUCUAUUCCAAAGUCAUCUUUUCGUUUUGGAACUUUUGAAUAUUUAAAAGGUAAAGUUAUGGAUGAUAAAGGAAAUUUAACACCAAUUCAACGACUUUAUUGUGGUUUGGGUGCAGGUUUUUCUGAGGCAUUCUUUGUUGUAACUCCAAUGGAAACAGUAAAAGUAAAAUUUAUUAAUGAUCAAACAUUAAAAGAACCAAAAUUUAAAGGAUUUUUCCAUGGAGUGCGAUGUAUUGUAAGACAAGAAGGAAUGAAAGGUUUAUAUCAGGGUUUAACUGCUACUAUGGCUAAACAAGGAUCAAAUCAAGCAAUACGAUUCUUUGUAAUGGAAACAUUAAAAGAUUGGUAUAGAGAUGGUGAUAAUACAAAAAGUAUUUCAAAACCAAUUGUUGGUUUGAUGGGUGUAAUGGCUGGAGCUGCUUCUGUUUAUGGUAAUACACCAAUUGAUGUUGUUAAAACAAGAAUGCAAAGUCUUGAAAGACAUAAAUACAAAUCAACAUUAGAUUGUGCAAUAAAAAUAUGGAAAAAUGAAGGUUUCUUUGCAUUCUACAAAGGAACUGUACCAAGAUUAAGUAGAGUAUGUUUAGAUGUAGGCAUUACUUUUGUCAUCUAUGAUUCAAUAAUGGAAGUUUUGGCAAAACAUUGGAAAUAA